CAAUCACAUGUAUAACCUUAAUCAAGGUGACCAAUUUUCCCCCGAUUAAAAACAUCCUGCAAAAGAAUCAUGAUAAUCCACCGUGUAGCCGGAUUUUUUAAGACAUUGUCCACCCCUGGAAACCAAUUUUUUAAACAGGUUAUUCCAUCAUGCUGUGCGUAUUACUCAACACAACGUGGGAACGUUGACCCCACAGAUGUCACUAAGAUCAGGAACAUUGGAAUCUCUGCUCACAUCGAUUCUGGGAAGACCACACUGACGGAAAGAAUCCUGUUUUAUACGGGUAAACUUGCGGAGAUGCAUGAGGUGAAGGGAAAAGAUGAAGUUGGAGCCAAGAUGGACUUCAUGGAGUUGGAACGACAGCGCGGAAUCACCAUACAGUCAGCUGCUACAUAUUCUGAAUGGAAAGGACACAAUAUCAAUAUCAUUGACACCCCUGGUCAUGUUGAUUUUACCAUUGAAGUCGAGAGGGCGCUGCGAGUUUUAGACGGUGCUGUUCUCGUCCUGUGUGCGGUUGGUGGAGUGCAGAGUCAGACGUUUACGGUCGACCGACAAAUGAAGAGAUAUAAUGUGCCUUGUAUUGCAUUUAUCAAUAAAUUGGACCGUUUAGGAGCCAAUCCUUACCGUGUUAUCAAUCAUUUAAAGUCCAAACUUCACCACAAUGCUGCCUUCCUCCAGCUUCCCAUUGGUGUUGAGAGUAACUGUAAGGGUAUCAUCGAUCUCGUAAACGAAAAGGCGAUCAUCUUUGGUGAGCCGCAGGGCUUGAUGAUAAGAGAAAAGGCGAUUCCAAGUGACAUGUUGACUGAAGCAAAAGAAAGAAGACAAGAAUUGAUCGAGGCCGUGUCAAAUGUCGAUGACCAUCUUGGUGAGAUGUUCCUUGAAGAGAAGACACCUACAGUUGAUGACCUCAAGACUGCAAUAAGGAGAACUUGUAUCAAGAAGAAGUUUACCCCAGUCAUGGUGGGAACUGCCUUGAAGAACAAGGGAGUACAGACUCUACUGGAUGGUGUCUUAGAGUAUCUACCAAAUCCAGCAGAAGUAGAAAACUUCUGUAUGGAUGAGAGAAAUUCAGAAGAAGAACCAGAAAAGAUCAUCAUGAGUCCCGCACGAGACAGCAACCAUCCCUUCACCUGCCUCGCUUUCAAACUCGAGGCCGGGCGCUUCGGUCAGUUGACCUACAUCCGCGUCUACCAAGGUCAUUUGAAGAAGGGCGACGCCAUCUAUAACACGCGGACGAAGAAAAAGACGAAGGUUUCUCGCCUCGUGCGGAUGCACGCUGACGAAAUGAUGGAUGUUAAUGAAGUAUUUGCCGGGGAUAUCUGCGCCCUGUUUGGUAUUGAUUGUGCAAGUGGUGACACAUUUACGACGAAAGGUUCAAUGAAUCUCUCUAUGGAAUCUAUUCAUGUGCCAGAGCCAGUUAUAUCAAUGUCUAUAAGACCUGAGAACAAAAAAGACUUGGACAGUUUCUCCAAGGGGAUUGCACGCUUCACGCGGGAGGACCCCACGUACAAUAUGCACUAUGACCCCGAGAGCAAGGAGACGAUAGUGUCUGGAAUGGGCGAGCUGCAUCUUGAUAUAUAUGCCCAGAGGUUAGAGAGGGAAUAUGGUGCGAAAUGUGUCCUGGGGAAACCGAAGGUCGCGUUCAGGGAGACUCUGAUACAACCAAAAGAAUUUGAUUAUCUUCACAAGAAACAGUCAGGCGGUCAAGGGCAGUUUGGACGCGUUAUUGGAAUCAUAGAACCACUGCUAGGAGAGGAGAACACCAAGCUUGUUUUCGUUGAUAAGACAGUUGGAACCAAUAUUCCCAAAAACUUCAUCCCUGGUGUUCAGAAGGGUUUCCUUCAUGCCUGUGAGAAGGGUAUGCUGAGCGGUCACAAGGUGUCGGGAGUGAGGUUCACGUUAACGGAUGGUGCUAGUCACAUGGUGGACUCAAGUGAAUACUCUUUCCAACUUGCUGCAGAAGGUGCUGUCAAAGAUGUGUUCUACGAGGGAUCAUGGCAGAUUCUUGAGCCGGUCAUGAAUGUUGAGAUCACAGCUCCUGAUGAGUUUCAGGGGACUGUCCUCGCCAGCAUCAGCAAGCGACAUGGCAUCAUCAUGGGUACUGAUGCCAUGGAGGGAUACUUCUCAGUGUAUGCCGAGGUGCCCUUGAACGAGAUGUUUGGGUAUGCGACAGAGCUUCGAUCAUCCACGCAAGGGAAGGGAGAAUUCUCCAUGGAGUACAGCAGAUAUUGUCCAGGUUUGUCCGAGACACAGUCAAAUCUUAUCACGCAGCAUCAGGAGGCACAAAAUCCCGCAUCUGGGACACAGAAAAAGAAGAAGAAUUGAUGUGUGAGACUUGUCUCAUAGGACUUUCCUUCUGAUCAUGGGGGAUUCCUCCCAGACAUGUCAGAUGAGUUCUACAUGUAUGUUCUUUGGGCUGAGAGGGUUUUCUUUUGGUCUGGGAGAGGUUGUCAUUGGACUGCCUACUUUGGAUGUCACAGGAUCCUGUUGCCAAGAUCCUCACUGGUACAUACAUGUAUACCUAAGAUUCAAUAUACCGGUUACGGGCAGCAAUGGGCCGUUGUGGCCCAUAACUGGUAUAUCCAAUUGGAUGGACCUAUCUGGAAAUGGGACUCUAGUGGUUCAAUUUGGAUGGCAGGAACUCCAAUGGUCACAUCUGUACAGAAUGAACUGACUAAAUUAUUAUUUGUUAUAU